CCUGCUGACGAAUGAAUAACAAUUCAUGAUUUCGCGAGUCCGUUAUCGCGAUACCGCUGUUAUCAGACGAUUUGAUACAAACGCAGAUAUUGUACGCCACGCCUUUUGCCAAAACUAGUGAAGCUCUAAUACCUAAGCUAUACCCCUGCACAGAAAACCGAAUUUAACAGCCUUACCCGAUCCAACUCGAAUCCGUGUAGUCCAUGGAUAACGAAAUCUCUGCAGCCGAGUCUAUCGGUGCCACCGCCCUGGACUUGCCAUUAAACCGUUCAGAAGCGGUCACAACAGACUACUCGCCGGACGAUGAAGACCUGGACGAGGCGGCAGCUGCUGCCGUUGCCGCAUCAGAGGCUACUCGUGACACACUGGCUGACGGUCUGGUUGCCAGUUUGCUCAGGCCGUGUGUUGACCGUUUGGACGCGUCUGUCCAGUGCACCAGAUUGAGCCAACUUGACCUGAAACUACAGCUUGACUCGUUGGCUACCGAACUCAAGCGCCUGUCGUUGGCACAGCAUGAUUACUUGUUUGCUGCAACGUCCAUGUCAUCAACACAAUUGCCAGCCUCUGCUGACAAGACUAUUUCGUCUACAGUGACUGCUACGACAAAAACCGCCACUGACACAUGUGUCCUACUAGAUGGGUAUGCUCGUAGAUUAUGUGAUGCACGUGCCAAGAUAGCCGUUGUGGGAAAUAUACUGGAGUCUACUCAGGAACGCUUACGAGCGCUUUCUCACCGAAUAGGUCGUGAGCACAACAACCGUCGAUCACUCCUAGAGCCCCAAGCUGUGGUAAUUGACGUGGCAGAUGAACUGGAAUUGGAGGAAGAUAAUGAAAAGAUGAAUGAUGAUGUAGGGGAGAUAAACGAUAACAAAGAGAAGGUUCAGCCAAAUAAGAACCUUACAGAUUCUAAUGAGGACAACAGGGAAGAAAAACAACCUGAGGAAGAUGCAACAGUGAUUGCAACAUCACUAGAAGCAUCAGAAAUACCAAAAAAGUCAUGAUGAACCAUGAGUCAUGCUGGAUCAAUGGUGUCCAGGCAGAUGUAGUGCUUUGUGACUUGCUGACGUUUGGUAGAAGCCCCGUGAGCAGGUCCCUAGCAUGGUGCUAGCUCUUGGGCCAUAAUAAGCCCUGCGAUUCAUUAGCCGUCUACCAGGUGAACCAGCAUCUAGAGAAAUUCUGCAGUGCAGUGCAGAUGUUUUAUUAACAUUCCAAUACGUAUUAUUGUUCUUAAUAUAAUAUCAUAAUAUGUGAAACAUAAUUCAUCGCAAACAUUGUACAUUGCAUCAUAUGUUAAAUAUUACUUAAUGUUGUUUUUUUUUCAAUUUAUCUGUUAUUAUAUAAAUUUAUUUGUGCAACUAUGACACCAUUGAGUUUGAUUCAUUAAAUUCAACAUUUGAUCUGA